AUGUCUGCCGAUUUAGAAAACCAAAGACCCAAGGACCACCAGCUCCUUGUUGAAGACGAGCACAACUCUCACUCUAAUAACCCUGCCCUCGACCCAGAACACCCAGUCACUAGAGUCCGCACAGAUGGCGACUAUAUCCAGUUUGGUAACGAACGGUACUUGCGUUCUGACUUGAUGAGCGCUUUUGGUGGUACCUUGAAUCCAGGUUUGGCCCCACCCCCCAAGAAUGACUUUGCAAACCCAGCCCCAUUGGGAUUGUCGGCUUUUGCAUUGACCACCUUUGUCUUGUCCUUGAUUAACUGCGAAGCUCGUGGAGUUACUGUACCAAAUAUCGUUACCGGUUUGGCCUUUUUCUAUGGUGGAGCAGCCCAAUUGGUUGCCGGAAUGUUUGAAAUUGCCGUUGGUAACACUUUUGGUGGUGUUGCCUUGUCCUCAUAUGGUGGAUUCUGGGGUGCUUGGGCUGCAUUGCACGUUGAUGCCUUUGGCAUUGCCGCUGCUUAUGAAGGAGAAGAGGAGAUGUUUGCUUAUGCAUUGGGUAUCUUUCUCGUUGGCUGGUUUAUCUUUACCUUUUUCAUGAUGUUGAUGACUCUAAAGUCUACUGUGGCUUUCUUUUCAGUGUUUUUCUUGUUGUCGAUUACAUUUUUACUUUUGGCUAUUUCAGAAUUUACCGGUAAAUCUGCAGUUAAGAAGGCUGGCGGUGUCUUUGGCUUGUUGACGGCUUUUGCUGCUUGGUACAAUGCAUAUGCCGGUAUUGCCACACCACAAAAUAGUUAUAUCACCAUUAAGGCUAUUGAAUUGCCAGACUUGCAAGACAAGUACAAGAAGAAUUAG